AUUCCUUUCCUCGUGAUUUAUUUUUCCUCUGGGCGUUGUUUGUUAUAAUUUGAUCUUAUAUCACGACGAAAUAUCUUCUGGGUUCAGAAGAAGAACCCUAAUCCGUGGAUAAGGAAAAGGAGAGAAAGCUAAGGCAACGAUGGAGAGAGUGAUGAAAAUCAUAAAGCCGAAGCCUGAUCCGAAACAGCAGCUUCGAGAUUGGCAGCGGAGACUACGCCAGGAGUGCCGUAACAUCGAACGCCAAAUCCGUGAUAUACAGAGAGAAGAGAGGAAUGUACAGAAAGCUAUCAAGGAUGCUGCCAAGCGGAAUGACAUGGUCUCUGCUAAGGCACUUGCCAAAGAAAUUGUGGGUUCGAGAAGAACAGUUAACCGACUUUAUGAAAACAAGGCUCAGCUGAAUUCAAUAGCAAUGCACCUCGGGGAGAGUGUUGCAAUUGCUCGUACGGUCGGGCACCUGUCUAAGAGUGCCGAUGUUAUGAAGCUUGUCAAUAAUCUCAUGAAAGCUCCGGAAAUGGCUGCCACGAUGCAGGAAUUUAGCAAAGAGAUGACUAAGGCUGGAGUUAUCGAAGAGUUUGUGAACGAUGCGGUUGACACUGCCCUAGACUCCGAGGAUAUCGAGGAGGAGAUAGAGGAAGAGGUCGAUAAGGUAUUGACGGCUAUAGCGGGAGAGACGGCUGCAGAGUUACCCGACGCAGUCAGGAAGGAAAGGGUAAAGACUCCGGCUCAGAAGGCGGGUCCUUCCCGCGAGGAAGAGGCCAUUGCAGAAGGGGUUGAUGAUGAAGAAGAACUCGAGGAAAUCCGAGCUCGUCUCGCCAAAGUUAGAUCCUAACCCUUUUUUUUUUGUAUGAAUCAAGACUGUAUUCUUGAUCAAUCUCCAAAAACUCUUUUUAAAAAAAAAGAAGAAGAAAAGAUCAAGAUAA